GAAUGACCUAGAAACUGCCCUGGAGACGGGGUGGCAGCUAUUAGCUGCAGGCCCUGCUGCCCACCAGCCUACCCAGAUCUGCCUCCUCCCUCUGCCUCAUCUAUAGGCAGGGCAAAGGGACAGAGCUCAAGGCAGGGGCUGCUCAGCUGUAGAUGACAGCCAGGUUGCAGCACCCGGGCCCUGGAGGAGGAGGAAGCUGACAUGGGGUUCCGGCAGGGUGAGUGGAGCCAGGGCCAGCGCGAAGCCCCAGGAGAGCUUCUCCCCAGCACCUGGGUGCCUGGGCUCUUUGCACAGAGGGUAAUGGGUGGCUACACUCUCACUGCCAGGGAGGAGAGCAGGGGACUGGUGGAGACUGGCUCGUGGCCCACAGGGCCUGGCUACCCCACUGUAUUCCUGGGCUAAUGUUGGGAGAAAGCAAACAUGGGGUGGCUGCCGCCGCCGCCAGGUAUUCCUAGAAGAGGCCUGGGGGAGGGCCAGCAGCUGGACAUCAGUGACCCUAAGGUCACAGGAAGGCUGAGGCUUGGCCAUGGACGUCCCCCUGGGUCUGGGAGUGCAAGUGAGCGGCGAGACCCCACUGAGGAUGUUAGGAAACCCCAGUGCAGGCUGACAGGCGGAGCCUUUGGAAAUGGGGUGGCAACCACUUAACCCUGACACAGCCAACUGCGCAGUAUGGAGGUGAGUGGAGGGGACUCCCCAACAAUGCAGGAACUGCCCAAGGGCACUGCCACAUAUGCACCACCUAGUGGGGCACUGUGUUCACCAAGCCCACCCUGAGCACCAGCCCCUAACCCCAACACCACUCUACAGGGAACCCUUGUCCUCAACCUCCCAUGCCAGCCUGCUCACAGGAGGCAGGGGCACAGCGCACAGCCUCUAAGUGCCCUACCACAGUCCACCUCAAGUCCUAAGGGAGGCUUUGGGACAGACCAAGUUCUCCUCUCCUUCCCUGCACCGCCCAAGGAACUUGCUGUUGACAGUGGACACACGGCAUGACAGGGUUAACCAAGCCAGAGCACGGCGGGGCAGGGCUGGCCACAGUUGCCGGCAGUGGGGAAAUACAGAGGGCAGUAGCGCCACUCUGCAGACGGCCUGGCCCUUACUCACUGCCCGCCUGCAGCCUGCUCUGCAUGAGGCACGAUGGCCCUGAGGACAGGUGAGGAGCCCAUGUCCCCUGCCACUUGCUCUUGGCUCUGGGGUAGCCAGCCCACAAUGCCAUGCCCACGGGGAGAGGCUCAACUUCCUUGGCUGGAAAGGGGGUCACAUCUAAGCCGGGCAUCCAAGGGUCUCUGUUCUUCCCUCCCCUUGUGGCAGUGCAGGGAAGGGCAAGAUGAAGACAGAACACGUGGGCAUGGUACUUAGCCCUGGGCCCAAGGUGCAAAAACUAGACCCAGUACUUCUCCAAACCCUGCCUACGGCCCUGCUGGGACUGUGCACCAGGCUGCAGCCCCCUGCCCUCCCAGCCAUCAUUCCUCUUGGGCCUGGCACUGGGUAGGGAGACCGUGUCUGGCUCCUUGUCCACCUCUGGUGUGCCCACCUGAUGUCUGGAGCAGCCCCCACCAGGUCUCACCCCAGGAUCACCUGUUCCCUGCCGCGGCAGAGGUGCAGUGGGUUGGGAGAAGUGACGGUAUCCUGCCCCGGCCCAGGCCGCAACGCUCUGCGCACCCCAGAUCUGGGGCGCUGUGGCUGGGGAGGCUUCUGGCAGGUCCAGGCCUGGUGUGUGGCGAGUGGCGAACUGGAUUCCUAUUGGCCUGAACCACAGGCCCCGCUUUUCUGUUGGCAUGGGGUGCAGGCUGCACAUACUGGGGAGCCAGUGAGUCCUCCACUUAUCAGGCAGGGGGUGUUCGGAUCACUGUUCAGCCACAGGGGACAGGUGGAUACGCCAUACAGGUUGGUAGGAGGGCCAGCUCCUGGCCAGCAGUUUGGCUCCAUUUCUCUGCCUGGCUGGCGCAGAAGCCCCAGGUGCCACGUAGCCUAGCGGCCAGAGCCCAAGUCGCUUGUGCCCAUGUGGCUAGGGUGACACAGGAGGCAAGCCCUCAGUGUCCCCUGCAGUGAGACAGGGACCACAGACUGUCCCAUGGGAUGGGGAAGUCCAGUCACCUUCAGGGCCAAGGACACGGCAGUCCUGUAUGCACGCGUCACUCUUCUCUUGCUAUGGGCCCCGCCUGGGGAUGUUCACCAUCUGGCUCACAUCCUGGGCCACGGUGCCCCAGAGCACCUUGCCAAGCCCCUCUCCCCGCAGGCCUGGCCCUGGUGGUGCUGCUGGUCUCCUGGGUGGCACUGGGCCCCUGUGGCCUGCAGGGAGCAGAACCCGGAGUAGCGGUUGAUUCCGAGGGCCCUGGGUGCCCUGCCAUCUGCUCCUGCAGCUACGAUGACUACACAGAUGAGCUCAGUGUCUUCUGCAGCGGGAGGAACCUCACAGAGUUGCCCGAUGGCAUUCCCGUCAGCACCAGGGCCCUGUGGCUUGAUGGCAACAACUUCUCCUUCAUCCCCUCGGCGGCCUUCCAGAACCUCUCUAGCCUGGACUUCCUCAACCUGCAGGGCAGUAGGCUGAGCAGCCUGGAGCCGCAGGCUCUGCUGGGCUUGCGGGGCCUGUACCACCUGCAUCUGGAGCGAAACCGACUUCGGAGCCUGGCGGUUGGCUUGUUCGCGUACACUCCGGGCCUGGCCUCGCUCAGCCUGGGCAACAAUCUCCUGGGCCGACUGGAAGAGGGCCUGUUCCGGGGCCUCACCCACCUCUGGGACCUCAACCUAGGCUGGAACAGCCUGGUGGUGUUGCCCGACACUGUGUUCCAGGGCCUGGGCAACCUCCGUGAGCUGGUGCUGGCUGGCAACAAGCUGGCUUACCUGCAGCCAGCACUCUUCUGUGGCCUGGGUGAGCUGCGGGAACUGGACUUGAGCAGGAACGCACUGCGCAGCGUCAAAGCCAACGUCUUUGCGCGGCUGCCCCGGCUGCAGAAGCUCUACCUGGACCGCAACCUCAUCACGGCGGUGGCCCCUGGCGCCUUCCUGGGCAUGAAGGCGUUGCGCUGGCUGGACCUGUCCCACAACCGUGUGGCUGGCCUCCUGGAGGACACCUUCCCGGGACUUCUGGGCCUGCAUGUCCUGCGCCUGGCACACAAUGCCAUUGGCAGCCUGCGGCCACACACCUUCAAAGACUUGCACUUCCUGGAGGAACUACAGCUCGGUCACAACCGCAUCCGGCAGCUGGUGGAGAAGACAUUUGAGGGUCUGGGGCAGCUGGAGGUGCUGACGCUCAACGACAACCAGAUCCAGGAGGUCAAGGCAGGCGCUUUCCUGGGCCUCUUCAAUGUGGCCGUCAUGAACCUCUCAGGUAACUGUCUGCGGAACCUCCCGGAGCAGGUGUUCCAGGGCCUGGGCAAACUGCACAGCCUGCACCUGGAGAACAGCUGCCUGGGCCGCAUCCGCCCACACACCUUUGCUGGCCUCGCGGGGCUGCGCAGGCUCUUCCUCAGGGGCAACGGCAUUGCCAGCAUCGAGGAGCAGAGCCUGGCGGGGCUGCCGGAGCUCCAGGAGCUUGACCUCACGGCCAACCAGCUCACGCACCUGCCCCGCCGGCUCUUCCAGGGCCUCGGCCAGCUGGAGUACCUGCUCCUCUCCCACAACCAGCUGUCAGCGCUGUCCGCAGACGUCCUGGGCCCCCUGAAGCGGGCCUUCUGGCUGGAUGUCUCGCAUAACCGCCUGGAGGCGCUGGCUGACGGCCUCUUCUCCCCGUUGGGGCAGCUUCGCUUCCUCAGCCUCAGGAAUAACUCCCUCCAAAUUUUCUCACCCCAACCUGGCCUGGAGCGCCUGUGGCUGGAGGGCAACCCCUGGGACUGCCGCUGUCCCCUCAAGGCACUGCGGGACUUUGCCCUGCAGAACCCCAGUGUCGUCCCUCGCUUCGUUCAGACCGUCAGCGAGAGCGACGCCGGCCAGCCUGUGUACACCUACAACAACAUCACCUGCGCCAGCCCCGCCAGCGUCUCAGGCCUCGACCUGCGGGAUGUCGGCGAGGCUCACUUUGUGCACUGCUGACCCCGGUGCUGCUCACGGGGACGCGCUGUCACCACCGUGAUGAGCUGUCUUCUAGAGGCCUGGGGAGGCCACCACCCCAGUUCUAGGAGACAGCUCCAGGGCUGUUCACUUCUAAUGCAAUGUUGACAAAAAUUAAAAACAAGCAAUAAGCACACCUGUGGCUCUGA